AUGAAGGCUAUAAUUCUUAUCGGUCUGUCGGUGGUAGUGACGAUUGCGUGGGCAAGGCCGGGCAAUACCUACACUGACAAAUGGGACCAUAUUAACGUCGAUGAAAUACUCGAAUCAAACAGACUCCUAAAAGGAUACGUCGAUUGUCUUCUUGAGAGGGGACGUUGCACGCCUGACGGUAAAGCUUUGAAAGAAACACUCCCAGACGCCUUGGAACAUGAAUGUUCGAAAUGUACAGAGAAACAAAAGACUGCGUCUGACAAAGUAAUCCGACAUCUUGUGAACAAACGACCCGACCUCUGGACAGAACUUGCGGCUAAAUACGACCCCGACAACAUGUACCAGCAGAGAUACAAGGACAAGAUCGAGGAAGUUAAGGGCAAACAAUAG